UUUUACCCCGAAGAAAAAAAUUCUAGCGUGUGCCUUAAUCACUUAUGCUUCCUUCUGAAAUCGAUUUACUUUCAUUUUCUAGGUGCUGGUGAAUCCGGUAAAAGCACAAUAGUCAAGCAGAUGAGGAUCCUUCAUGUGAAUGGAUUUAAUGCUGAGGAGAAGAAAAUGAAAAUUCAGGAUAUUAAGAACAAUAUUAAAGAAGCUAUAGAGACAAUAGUGACAGCAAUGGGCAAUUUGGCACCUCCAGUGGAACUAGCCAAUCCAGAGAACCAGUUUCGAAUCGACUACAUCUUAAAUUUAGCAAACCAGAUAGACUUCGAUUUCCCUCCGGAGUUUUAUGAACACACAAAAACACUUUGGCAGGAUGAAGGUGUGAAAGCCUGCUACGAGAGAUCCAACGAGUACCAGCUGAUUGACUGUGCACAGUAUUUUCUAGACAAGAUUGACAUAGUCAAACAGAACGAGUACACCCCGUCUGACCAGGAUCUUCUCAGAUGCAGAGUUUUGACAUCAGGAAUUUUUGAAACCAAGUUUCAGGUGGAUAAAGUAAAUUUUCAUAUGUUUGAUGUUGGAGGGCAACGAGAUGAACGCCGAAAAUGGAUCCAGUGUUUUAAUGAUGUGACUGCUAUCAUAUUUGUGGUGGCGAGCAGUAGCUACAACAUGGUGAUACGAGAGGACAAUCAGACCAAUCGGCUGCAGGAAGCACUAAACCUCUUCAAGAGUAUCUGGAACAACAGGUGGCUACGGACCAUUUCAGUAAUCCUUUUCCUGAAUAAACAAGAUUUGCUAGCAGAGAAAGUUUUGGCAGGGAAAUCUAAAAUUGAAGACUACUUUCCAGAAUUUGCUCGCUACACUACACCAGAUGAUGCAACACCAGAGCCUGGUGAGGAUCCCAGAGUUACAAGGGCCAAGUAUUUUAUUAGAGACGAGUUUCUUAGAAUCAGCACAGCAAGUGGAGAUGGAAGGCACUACUGCUACCCUCACUUCACAUGUGCCGUGGACACAGAGAACAUCCGGAGGGUUUUCAAUGACUGUCGGGACAUUAUUCAGCGCAUGCACCUUCGCCAAUACGAGUUGUUGUGAUGGAGAGCACUUUUUUCUGUGUUUUGGACUCCUUAUUCCUUAUUAAAAAAAAGAAAAAAACCACCCUUGCCCACGUAGGGUGGAAGAGAACUGUUUGAAUCUCCCAUUGAUUUGCACCCCUCAACUUUUUCUCCUUGCUGGACAAUAGCAGCACUUCUAAGCUUGCUUCUGUACCCCCCGGACAGUUUGAGAUGGCCCCUAACACUUAAAAGGCCAUUUCCAUGAGGAUUCCCUAACACUGUUAUUAACAAAUAAGAGAGGGAAAAAAAAAAAAAGAAAAAAAAAAAAACCAAAACAAAAACCAAAACAAAAAAAAUCCCUUAAUUAAUUAAAAUCCCUGAAUGCGGAGCACCUGAAAGAAUUGGGGAUGAAAAAAUUAAAACGUUGAAAUAAAAAUUGGGGGAGAGAAAACUUUAGGUAAUUUAGCACUGCUGUGGGCAUAAUCCUAUAACCCGUGAUCUCCACUUUGUAUCACUCACUGCAUCCAAGUAACAAAGGUGCCAAGUCACAGACCAAGUUUGAAGACAGACCCUUGAGUUUGGUUCUCUGACUGUAAUGUGGCUUUGGGCGGAAAUACUGACAAUUCUCCAACAGACCUAGACAGUGCAAAAACCAACUGCUACCUUUCAGAAGGGUAUUUUUAAAACCAGUCUUGGUGGUCUAAAGACAACCAUGGACAUUUAUGAAUUGAACUGCGUAUGGCCUGUGAUUGCAGAAAGAGUUAACCACACACUGUUUUCAGUUUGUCCACUGAUGAUCCCGUCUGCUCUAAAAAUCAUUAUCUGGACUGUAGUCCUCACAGUCUUUCCCUUCUUUUUCUUCUUCCCUUCCCUCAUUUUUUAUUUUACUGCUGGAUUAUUAUUCUUGUACAGACUGUAAAAUGUAUUAUUUUGUACAACUUUAUUGAAAAUAACUUGUAGAAGAUCUUUGUGCCUUGAUUAUGGCUGUACCUGUACAAUGAGCUAAGAUGUAAGUAUGUUUGAUUGCGCUGUACAGCUUUGUCAACCCUAUCUGCAGCAUUAGCUCAAGGUAGGGAAAAUUUAUCUGUAGUUUAGUUUUUCUGGUUUAUAAAAGAAGGAAAAAUACUGUUUAGUAAAAAAAAAAAAGGAAAAAAAAAGAAAAAAAAAAAGAAAAAAGUACAAAUUGUGCAAACUUAACCACUUUAAAAGUGAGGUCUUCAACAAGUGACCAGAUGUUGCAGCAUCGUGCUUUUUAAUUUUUAGCUUUAAUUCAUUUAAAUCUCUAUCCAAAUGCAAAACAUGGCUUGUUUCUACAUAAAACCAAAUUUUGCUACAAAUUAUAAAUGUUAGUCUUUGGUCAUUCAUAGUCCUUUUUUUGCUAAAGACAAAAAAAUCCAGAACAAUAACAGACACGUAGGGCAUCAUGCAGGUCUGGUGACCAUCUCUAGACUGGGCCAAAUACCCACCAACCUCGGCUUGCGCUGCGUGGGCAACGACUACCAGAAUGACAAGGUGUGCACUGCCCUUGGAUUUGGCCACUGAAUUCCAGUUUCAAACGACAUUUUUAUUUCUCUUUUAAUAAAGAGAUACUUUAGAACCUUUUUUGUUUUAUAUUAACUAUAUAAGUAGCUUAAAAGUGAAGAUGUGUGGAUUUUUUCUUAAACUUGAAUAAUUUAUGCAAAUUAUAUGCUUAGAACAACAUGUGGUACAGUAAAAAGAAAAAAGAGCAAAAAUCACUGUAGCAAUAAGAGAGCAUGUAAUUUUAGUAACUACUACACUGCUUUAUAUUUUAUACCUAGGUGUUUUAUGUCUCUGUGAGUGUGUUACUUUUUCAUGUGUCUAAACCUACGUGUACAAUUUGUACAGAGUCAGAAAUUACAGCUGUAAUAACACAUCUAGAACAGUGUUAGCCUAUAUUACUCAAACACCCCUGUUCCCCCUUCAUUUACACCCCUAAACUGAUCUGGAUCUUAACUGCAGUGACUUUAAAAGGAAAAGAAACAAAAACAAACACCAAAAUUCUUGCCUCUUUGCCUUUCACACUAGCUUCCCUCCACCCAAGAGACCGUGUUGGCUUUCUUUUUGUGGGAAGAGAUCCAGUUUAAAUUCAAGUGAGGGUGUGGUCAGUGAUGUCUGUGCAGCUAGAUUUGCUUCAGGUAUCGGAUGCCUUUUCAAUACUAAGAACUACAACUGUUGAGAAUUGUGACUUUUCAUUUGCUUUUGUGGCUAAAGUCUUAAAUGAAUCACACAGUCCAUUUUCACUGGAGAGCAGGGAUGUGAGGGAGUUACUGUCCCAUCUCAAUUCAGAAUUGCUUCCAGAAGACACUGAAUAGUUGAAAAAUUUCAGCUGCGGUUGUUACUGGCCUUUCAAGAAUGAUCUUUCUUGUUCACAGGUUUAGACAGUUGCCACCUGAACUUUGUAGAACUGUAGGAAACAUGACUGAAAAUAGGCCCCUCCAGUUCAGAAUGUAUCCAGUGCCUGUAGGUAAAGGGCUGGCGUUUCCACUAGGUAAAAAUGGGACACACGUAGUGGAAAGGAAAUUCAUUGUGAGCCUUAAUUUUAGUUACAGGAGCCAAAAUCUUUAUUUUAGUGCCAACCCUUAUCUUGGUAAGCCUAGGAGGAGUUGGUGUGAACACCAAAUUUAUAAAUGGAAAAAACCUGUAGUGGUGAGAGGAAUGUAAUCUCUUGUCUGAGAGAAACAAAGCACCUCCAUUAAAAAUAACAAAAUAAGCUUCUUCCUCUGAUGAGGACACAUAAUAACAAUGAGCUAUAUAAGACAGCAACAGUUUAAGAAACCUAAAGCUUUAUAUGGACAGAUAUGUUUAGGGGAUGCUUUUUUUUUUUUUUUCUCUCUUAUGUGAGGAAAAAGGCAAUUGUUUUGAAUAUGGUUGAGUUGCACAAGUACAGAGCGUGUGUGUGUCUUAAUGUCUCAGUAUUGCCUUUGUUAGUCUCUUUAUUAGUCCAUGCAGUUUGGUGGCCUGGUAAAUGCAAGUCUUAUUUUUAACAGCUUUCUUUUUCUUUUUUUUUCUUUUUUUUUUUUUUUUAAUACAAAACCAUAAAGCUUUAAUGCUUGCUAUUUAAUAAGUAACUGUGUUUUCUUCUGUCUCUAAUUUAGUGGCCAUAAUUUGCAGUUAAUUGAACCAUUCCAACCUAAUGCUUACCCAUAUUUCUUAGUUUUGUUUUAUUUAUUUAUUUGAACUUCUUGUUUUCAUGAUUGAGGACUGUCACUUCUGUCUCAUUCAUCUGUUUGGAAACUUCUGACCUUACAGCCAAAACUUAACUCAUUCUACUCAGUAUUCAUCGUGAUGCUGAAGUGUAAGAUACCUGCAAAUGUAAACACUACCACUUUUAUUAAUAAAAGCAAAUACAGUGUUUUUAGGGCACAUUUGCAUCACUGUAGUUGAGGUUGUGUCAGUAUUUCCAUUGUAAACCUAUGGAGGGUCUUACCUUGGCACUAAACUGCCCUAAGCUGAAUCUUUGCCAUACAAGGCUUCUGCUCAAGUGUGAUUUGGUGGGUUGGUUUUUCAACAGUUUCCAACACAAACUCUUGUUUCUGUUUUAAGUUAUACAACUGUUUUGUUGGAUGGGGGUUGGUUUAAAAAGAAAACAACAGAAAAACAACAAACCUGGUUCAAGAUUGUUUUUGGCACUUCUGUAACUCAGAAAUGGUUUUGAUUUUAAAACAACCUUCGGCAAGCCAGUAACCUACAAUAUGGUCUGAUCAUUUUGGGUAUUUUGUAAAAAUAAUAAUAAAUUGUAGAGAUGUUGUGGUUUCAAAAUCAGCUACUGUGCAUUUGCAGUAACUUAUUUCAACCCAAGAACUUUUAGUGAUUUGUGCAUCAGAGCACACAUUCAGUGUGGUGCAGCAGAGUAGGGAUAACUCCUGUAAAGAUUUUUUUUCUUUUUUAAUAAUGUGGAGAGAUAAAUCCACUAGAAACUAAAAAAGGAUUCAGCUGCCUCUGAAAGCAUCAAAAACUUCUCUCAGAGGCUGAAACUGGAGCUCUGCAAGUUGAUAGGAGCAGACUUUGAUGCAAAAGCCUAGGAAGGCAUCCUGGAUCAGCUGUCAAAGGCAGGAAUCCUGAGGGCUUUUCUUCAUUUAUCUAAAAACUUUUGAUCCGUGGCAUCAGGGCAGGAUUUAACUGAGGGUAUGUCCUAACUCCAGAGGAAGGGAAGCUAACACUGCUCCACUGUGCUGCCUGAAAUUGAUACCUGCAGGGUAAUUUCCUUCUGCCAGUAAAUCUAUGCACAGAAAUAUUAAUGUUCGUGGCUUCAGAACUUGAGCACCUUGUAAUUUGUCGUGGUGUGUUGUUCCUGUAAAUGAUGGAGGAUGUUUUGUAUUAUUUAUCUUAUUUUCCACUGUCAAAAAUUAUGUGCCAGUAAAAACAAAAGACAUAAAGGCAGGAGAUUGACCCCAGACCUGGAGGCAGAGCCCGUGACAGCUGAGUACCAGUCCAGUGCCUUAGUGACAAUGCUCUUGGUGAUUGGUGCUAUACUGUUGUCUUAAGAGUGAUAAAGUUGUUCUAAGUUAUAAAAUUAUGUGACUCACUGUGGAAGAGAGUAAGUUCUCUUCUUUGCCCAGCUGUACCUAAUGUGCUGUGUGUGUUCCUUAAAAUGCUGGCACUCCUAAGACCUCUUCAUGGAAGUAGAUGAUAAAAUUCCUAUUAACUUUAAUAAGCAGGGCCAUAGAUUGCUAUCAGUGGAAAUCACACACAGGAGCAGGUCCUCAUCUCUAAAAUAAAUGUUGAGUUUGUGUAACAGUAAAAAUAUGUAUAAGCAAACAUCUGUUUGCAGUCCAAAACCAAACUGUGCCCUUCUUUCUCAGCUUGGUAUCUCUGAAAAUUCAUCUGUUGGGAAAAAAAUCUUCCUGUUCUGUGACAGACUUUGAAGUGUCUUUGUAAAUAAAAUAAGCUACAAAGGGGAUUUCUAAAGCUCUGCUGAUGAAAGCCUGACACUGAAAAAUCCCUCUGGUGACUGACAAGACAAAUUCCAAGAGUGAGCCUAUUUUAAUCCUGGUCAUACCCAGUUGGCUUCAGUCCCAUGAGUGGAUGUGUGUCAGGGUAGGUAAAACUGCUUCAGAGUUUUACUGUAGUGCACAGACUGCUAAAACUUGAGCCAUAAGUGCUGGCUUCAUAAUUAAUUGUUUCAACCCCUGAUUCUCAUUAAAAGCUCAAACUGCUUUUUACCCUGGUUAUUUUCAGUGUACUGAGCUGAGCAAAAUGGGUGCAGUAUAAAGCAUAAACUGACCUGGAAAAACAACAUGGGAGGAGGUGGGGAGACACAAUCUCUCACUGCAUUAAUCGUAAAAAUAAUAAGGUGGAGGUUUUUUUCUGACUUCUGUGUCCUAGAAACUGAUUCUGUGGAAAACAGAACUCCCCAGGGUAACAACAGCAUUGAUACCUCUGUAACAUGGAUAACUGACCAUUAACUAUUGAACUGCUGGACAACUAUUAAAUAUGUAAUAGAUAAUUAAAAAUCCACCAAAACAAACUUACAGAUUUUCCUAAUUUUUAUUUUUUUUUUCACGUAGGAAGUCUGACUCAAAAUUGUUGAAUGACAGAACAAAAUAAAACCUUUAAACAUUUAAACAAGGUAGGGAGGAUACAUUUGUGAGGGAGAAGAUGCUGACAUUAGGGAUUUUUGUGUAACAUGCUUUCUAAUGCUGGGGUACCAGCAGACAAAUGUAAGUAAAUUCAAAAUUAAAAUGUGAAUUUAUCUCUUCACUUUAAUUUACCCAGUCAUUUUACUGAAUGAGUUGGCUAAUUUAUUUUUUUAAUAUGCUACUACUCAAGUUUGGAGAAAGACAUGCCUAGGACGUGGUAAUGUUGGGAAGUCUCAGUUCUGUUGUUCUGUCAUGCAAACUAUUGUUUUAGGCUGUGAAUUUUAUGUGAAUUAUUAAUAAGUGAAGUACAGUGUUUCUAUCUGUA